AUGUUCGAAAAUCAAUUGGCAAAUGGUCGAAAACGUGCCCGUACUAUGGAAUAUAUUGAUAGUCAAGUCGAUAUUAAGGAUGAUGAACCUAAUGAAGCAAAUGCUCAUAUUGGUCAACAUAUUCAUGCUCAAUUCGAUGUUUCCAUGCCAUUAAUUGACGAAAUAAAUUCGAACGAAUCUACAUUCGAACGGAUUCUUCAACCUAUUCCAUUAAUUCCAAAAUUAAAACAAAGAGACAGUGAACGUUCAUAUCUUCAAAGACAAAUGAGUGAUAUUAGUUUAAAUCGUUUUAUGAAUGAUGCAAAUAAGACAACAACAGAAUUGAAAGGUCGUGAUCAUAUAAUUCGUGUUAUGAAAACCACAAACAAUAAACCAGUUAUGGACUUUAAAAAUCAUAAAUUUAUACAAGAAAUGAUUGCUAAACGACAAGAAAAACAAGAAGCUAAUAAGCCAAUAUCGGAUUUUGCAUUAAAAUAUGGCUUGAUUGAUAAUAAUGGGAAAAAAUCUAAAAGUCGAAAAACAUCUGACCUAAUUAUUGAUAUGGAACAACAAUUAGAAAGUUUAAAACCAACAUUAAAAAAACGACAAAUGAUCGAUACUAAAAGUCCAUUAUUAAGAGUGGUCAAAUUAGAAUCAAUAUGUAAUCAAUUACUUUGUUAUUGUCAAUAUGUAACUGAUCGAGAAGAUCUCGUACUUUUUCUUGAUCCGAAUGAUGAACAAUCAAAAAAUUUAGCAAUUAAUGAUGAAAUUCGUAUUGCAGGAGAAUCACGAUUACAUAUGAAUUUACCAGAAUUAGGUUCAGUUGUAUUAGGUGUAACUGAUGUAAGAAAAGAAUCAAUUAAUGCUAAUGAAGAAGAUACUCCAAUGGCAGCAAUUCAUACUUAUGAUUUUAAUUGUUCAUGUAAUAAAUGUACUUUGGGUAAUCAGAUCAAUCAAGAUUUAACACCAACAUUUGAUCUUCUCUCUACAUUUCCUAAUGAUGCUAAACAUCAAGAACAAACUCAUUCUGUUGAAACAAUUUAUGAUUCAUUUACAUUAGCUUUAAUGUCUAAACGAAAGUUUGAUCUUCGUGCAACAAUAAUAAUAUAUGAUCCUGAUAAGAUUAAUAAUCGUUAUAUAUUUAUUGUUCGUGAUGGUAUUGGCAAUUGUCUUCAAAUAAUAUUAACUGAUAUUAAUGGAUUUGAUAUUGAACUUAAAACAAGAAAUUAUAUAUUUCAUCAAAUAGAAUUUAUUGAAAGAAUUGAAUCACCAAAAGAAUCGAAUCGAUGGCCAUAUGAAGACUAUUUACCACCAAAAAAACUUUUUUGUUUCAGAUCGAUUCAUAAUCAAGUGUCUAUACUGUGA